CCAGUGGCAGACAGGCAUCAGUGGACAGUUGUCCUUCCCCACCUGGGCACCUCCUGUUCCUUUCCAUCUCCAGCCAGCCAGGGGAGACAGACCAAGGGUGAGGACCGGCCCCAUGACACGAAACACGGAUAUGCGCUGGCGCCUGCCGCUGGUGUGCAUCCUCUGGGAACUGGCCAUGAUUGUCCUUUUCGGCGUCUUCGUGCGCUUCAGCCCCGAAGCAGAUGCGGCCGGCUGGCAGAAGGAGAAGGCCCAGGGGAACGUCACCAGCGAUGUCGAGAAUGACUUCUAUUUCAGAUACCCGUCUUUCCAGGACGUCCAUGUGAUGAUUUUUGUGGGCUUUGGCUUUCUCAUGACCUUCCUCCAACGCUACGGCUUUGGAGCGGUGGGGUUCAACUUCCUCCUUGCCGCCUUUGGCGUGCAGUGGGCCCUUCUGAUGCAAGGCUGGUUCCAUACGUUUGAGCACGGGAAGAUCCUCAUUGGGGUGGAAAGCAUGAUUGGAGCAGAUUUCUGCGUGGGUUCCGUCUGCAUCGCCUUCGGCGCCCUCCUGGGCAAAGUCAGCCCCGUGCAGUUGCUCAUCAUGACCUUGUUCCAAGUGACCCUUUUUUCCGUGAACGAAUACAUCCUGCUGGACCUCCUCCAUGUUAAAGAUGCCGGGGGAUCCAUGACCAUCCACACCUUCGGUGCUUACUUUGGGCUAACCGUGACCGCCGUCUUGUACCGUCCAAACCUUGAGCAAACCAAAGACAAGCAGGGGUCGGUCUAUCACUCGGACCUCUUCUCUAUGAUCGGCACCUUGUUUCUCUGGAUGUACUGGCCCAGUUUUAACUCGGCCAUUUCCAACCACGGGGACGCCCAGCACCGGGCCGUCAUCAACACGUACUGCUCCCUCGCAGCUUGUGUGCUGACCACGGUGGCCACCUCCAGCCUGUUGCAGAAGAAAGGCAGUCUGAACAUGGUCCACAUCCAGAACGCCACCCUGGCCGGCGGGGUUGCUGUGGGGACAGCAGCCGAGAUGAUGCUGACCCCCUACGGUUCCCUCAUCGUCGGCGCCAUCUGUGGCAUUGUCACGACCGUGGGGUUUGUCUAUAUCACGCCUUUCCUGGCAUCCAAACUGCACAUCCAAGACACCUGUGGCAUCCACAACCUGCACGCCAUGCCUGGGCUAAUCGGAGGCAUUGUGGGAGCAUCCACGGCCGCCGCUGCCACGGAAGGAGAGUAUGGGAAAAAAGGGCUCAUCCAGGCUUUUGACUUCACCGGCAAAUACAGCUCGAGGACGCCAGUCAUCCAGGGAGGAUACCAGGCAGCUGGUAUUGCUGUGUCACUGGCCAUGGCCUUGGCAGGGGGAGCGAUUGUAGGUGGCAUUUUGAAAUUGCCUUUCUUUGGAGACCCCACGGAUGAAAACUGCUUUGAGGACAAUGUUUACUGGGAGGUACCCGGAGACGAGGAAAGCAACCUGUACUGUAUGAAUGACUCUAAUACGAAGACAGGGACAGAUCACUAAUUUGGCCUGAGCCGUCACCGGACAGGAAAACCAGAGAGAUAAUCAACCUCUCCAUUUGGUUUGCUCCCUCAAAGAAAUGUUUGUGGUUUCCUGGGAAACACAUCUAGUACACCAAGGCUCAGCUGGGUGCUCAGAUCUUCUCCCAAAGGCAGCAUGCAAGGUGACAAGGAUCUCCAAUCCUCUUGAGAACCUCCUCCAUCAUGUCUCCCACUGCCAGCAACCAAGGGAAAGCUGGAAGCAUCCUACGCUGGUGCCGGUCCAAACAGAAAGCAUCGCCAUCUCUGAAUGUGAGAGAUCUCUGCAUGACUGCAAAGAGUCAAAGAUCACACCCGGCCGAGAAGACGAGAAAUUCUAGAUCCUGGAAAAACCAAUAAAUGAUUUCAUUUCA